CCGAGUGAGCGUCGCAUUGUUGUGUCCGGUGUGUUGUCGUGUCGUGUUACUGUUAUUUUGUGUAAUCAGCUGACUGUGGAUUACCAUUGUUGGAUCGCCCAUGUGUUUGGUGGAUAUGAUGACACUCCCGCCACAGCGUCAAGGUCGUGAGGAUUACGAGUGUAGGGAGCCGUGAAGAUGGACACCAUGAUGCGGGGAGACGAGAGAGCCGCCGGGGUUAUAUCCGGCGCCGACCCCUACAGAGAGCUGGAACUGUACCUCGAGAAAGUCAGCGAGGAGAUUGGUGAAGUGUUCGACCGGUGGAAGUCUCCCGCCAUAACCUCGGGUGUACCGCCACUUCCUCCUCCUCGCAAGAAACCUCCACCUCCGCCUCAGAACGGGCGGCGCCCCUACCAGCAUCUCUACCGCACCAACUCGCUGCCCAGCCCGAAGAAGAAGAACGGCGACUUGGACAAAACGUUGAACGCAUGGUCCGAGGGCCUUCUAGCAGAGUUCAACACAAUCAUCGCCAAUGAACUUACAACAUUGUUGGCGGAACACGAUAUAGAAAACGAAGAUGACAUAUUCCUGUCUGAUGACGAGUCGAUGAUUCGAAGUCGUUCUGCGAUGCCGAGGUCAAAGAGUUUGGGGACUCCGCCCCCUUCGCCGGCGACGUCACCGUCUACGUCGGACACAAGCUCGGGGAGCUCUGGGUCUUCGGGGAGGCUACAUCGACCUCUAUGGCGGCGACCUCCUAGGUCUCAGAUGCCGAGGGACAAGGCCGCUCCCGUGCUACUCAGGGUGACUCCCAUAGAUACUGAGGGGACUACGCCCACGUCGUGUGAGGAGACGAGCGAGCAGGACUCCCUGGCGGUGGACGAGGGAGUGGCGUGUUGUGACAGUGAGGAGUCUAGCAGCAUUCAGCCUCCAGAGCCCCAGCAUCCACACGACGUGUACACACAGACCUCCCCCGCAGUGUCGCGGUGCUCUAGCCUCACCUGGCUGUCUGACUGCUCCUCGUCCCUACCUCGCCACUCUCCAGAGUCUGAGACCGACGACAGGUCCACCAGCUCUGCUGAUUCCUCCACAGCCAGGGACGAGCCUGAGAGUGGGAUAGGCACCGCCUCUCCUCCUCAUCCCAGACACACCAAACCACCCGCACAAAAGUGCAAGCGCAAAGAGACCUGGGAGAGACUACGGCGGCGACAGUCCGUCAACUCCAGAGCCCAGAGUCUCGCGAAGGGCGGCGACCCUUGGGUACGACGGGAGAGCUUCAAACACCACCUCCUGGAGUCUUCUAGUGACCCGGACCUGACUCUCCCCCGGCCCAGGGCCGUCCGUCCUAACUGUCUGCCCUUACCUCUCCACAGUCCCGCCACCUCCACAGAGGCCCUGCCCUCCCCAUCCACCUCCCUGCAGCUGUCACCCACCCCCAUGGUGACAGAGCUGGGCAACAAGUCGUCGUCGGCGCCAAUACUGCACAAACAGCCACCCCUGCCGUCGCCCAAGGCCGAGGACUGCAACAAGAGGGUGCUGAAACAGCCGAGGUCUCAGUCCGAACGCCAGCUUACCGAAAUCGAAGCUGCAGAAGCCUGCAAGUGGCUGAGAGCGGCGGGAUUCCCUCAGUAUGCGCAGAUGUACGAAGACCUGCAGUUCCCCAUCGACGUGAGCGGAGUCCAGAAGGACCAUCCCUUCCUGGAGCCUGACUCGCUACAGUCGCUGUUUCGCAGACUGCAUACGCUCAACCGCUGCGCCAACAUGAAGGUGGACAACGUACCCAAGAGCACGGUGGACGACUCAGAUGAGGAGGACCAGUGUGCACUCAGUGAGAACUGGACGUUCCAGCCAGAGUCUCGGCGGUGGUCCAGGGUGUGUGAUGUGGCCGCUCAGAGAUUGCUCAAUCCUAAUGUCUCCCAACAGCAAGCUUCUCCUAGUGACCAAGUAGUGAUCCGCUACGGCAGCCUACCUCCGGGAGCAAUCACUACGGACAGUGAGCUCCUUGCUGCUCGUUUCAGACGUUCUGGCAGUGAGCGACUACGGGACGGAGCCAAAGCGUUCCUACGGAGAGUCGAGAGCUUGAAGUCUCGGAGACGGAAAAGGCAGCAUCGGGAAGGUGUCAUAAUAUCUGGUCCGCAGGUGCUGGAUGUAGUGUCUAUGCAGCAGAGGAUGAAGGAGCUAGGGUGUGUGGACGUGUCACCUCCAGAGUCACCUUCACUAGCCCUGAGUGACGACCCUCGUGUUAUGCGUCGUCUGCUGUCUCGUCCUGACUGUGACUCGGGGGCGCUGAGUGACUCCGAGGUCAGCUGGAGACAACACUACCUCAAGGAUGCAAACAGCAACCACACUAAGGUUCUAGAACUGCUGGAAGUAAGACCUGGUGGAAGUAGAGAGAAGGUUUGCCAGCCUGCGUCUAGGAGUGGCAGCCUCAACAUGGGCUACAACAGCCAACAUUACAGAGAUAAACUGCAAAAGAGAUCAGGAAGUGACGAAUCUGCGUAUUUUACUUUCGAUCAUGAACCAGAGACGGCAUGUAACCCUACGUGUAUGCAGGCUGGAGCAAGAGAAGAAACGGAGAGUGCAGAGUCCAGCAGUGCCGUAGCAGACAGCGAUAGUGAGCUAACCCCUAAACACAGCCGCAGCGUCGUCCGAUGGCACAGUUUCCAGAGAGGCAGUGUGCGUCCAGACUCCCUGGCUGGCCGAUGUAUCAGCUCCAUGUCUUGUGGUCAGCUGUUAGUGCUGAGGAAGCUAGCCCUGCUGAAGCUGACUGCCAUCAUGGAGAGAUACUGCCCGACACAUCGCACAGGCUGGAACUGGGAACUGCCCAAGUUCAUCAGGAAAAUCAAAACACCGGACUACAAAGACAAGACAGUGUUUGGAGUGCCUCUGGUGGUGUCACUACAGAGGAGUGGUCAAGCCCUUCCAGUGUGUAUACAAGCAGCUCUCACUUGGUUGAGGACACAGGCUGUGGACCAGGUCGGACUCUUCCGCAAACCCGGCGUCCGCUCUCGGAUACAGAGGCUGAAGAACCUUGCAGAGACUCACACGGACGACCUUUCCUUCGAGGGACAGCAGGCUUACGAUGUCGCUGACAUGGUCAAGCAGUACUUCAGGGAACUACCGGAGGUCUUGCUGACCAAUAAACUGUCAGAGACAUUUGUGGCUAUCUUCCAGCAUGUGCCUGUCAAUCUGCGCACUGAGGCGGUACAAUGUGCGUUGCUGCUGUUACCAGACGAGCACCGUGAGGCUCUUCUGACUCUUCUGGACUUCCUGUACCAAGUUUCAAUGCACUCUAGCACUAACCAGAUGACAGCAAGCAACCUAGCCGUCUGUCUAGCACCAUCACUGUUCCACUGGCAGCCGACACCGUCCAGGUCGAGCUCUGUGUCUCCCAGGCGCAGGAACAAGAGCACCGGCGUGCCCGACGCCAAGGAGCUUGGACAGAACAAGGCGGCACACGACUGUUUACUCACCUUGAUUAAACAACACCGCGAACUGUUCUCGAUACAAAUUGGUCACUUGGUGGUGCAGGUCAGUGAGGAGAUGUUGUCCCAGUGUCACUUCAGCUACAUGGAGGAGAGUGUGCCAGUCGCUCUAGAGGAGCUGGGGGCAGAGUUACAACAGGACUGGAGAGGUUACCUGUACGCCUGUACCACGGCACUGCUCAAGGAGGCCAGGGACAAGAGCAGAGGAUGGGUUAGCAUAUCAGCGUGGAAUGAGGUUGACAUGGCCUACAAGAAAGUCGGGGAUGGUCAUCCACUUAGGCUAUGGAGGGCCAGUACAGAGGUGGAGGCUCCGCCCACGGAGCUACUACACAGAGUGUUGAGGGAGAGACAUCUGUGGGACACGUCACUGCUCAAGUGGAGAGUGGUGGCCAGACUGGAGCCCCAGGCAGAGGUGUUCCAGUACGUCACUUCCAGCAUGGCUCCUCUACCUGCCAAGGACUACUGCGUCCUCAGGUCGUGGAGGACAGAGAUGGGCAAGGGAGCGUGUGUGAUUGUGGAGACGUCGGUGGAGCACAGUGAAGGCGCCGUGUUGGCUGGUGGCGUCCGAGGGAUCGUGUUGGCCUCCAGGUACCUCAUAGAGCCUUGCGGCAGCGGUCGGUCUCGCAUCAUGCACCUAUCCAGGGUCGACACCAAGGGAAGAACACCCGAGUGGUACAACAAGAGCUAUGGCCACCUCUGUGCAAUUCAUCUUGCCCGGAUACGCAGUUCCUUCAAACAUUCGGCAGAAGGGCCCGAGAGCAAAGUCUGAUAUAGGCCCUCGGCUUUUACAAAGCCCUGUCAACCACCACUGUAAUUCUAUUUUUGUAUAGACGUAUUUAGGUAUUUGUUGCUAAUGUAUUUACUGUAGACUUCCUAAUCAAAAUAUUUUUAUAUGUUGAAUUUUUAUAUUUACUAAAUCUUUUAUAAUGUAAUAUACAAACAUUUCCCUAAAUGGAGAAAUUGUGAUUUUUUAACUGUCUUUCCAGUUUGAAAAAUACAUACGGUACUAAAAGCACCAUCAAUGAUGCCUACUUAUAUUUUUCAUUGUGAAAAUGUAAUUGUAAUCUUAUACCGAUGUAGAAAUAGGACCGUAUAGUUUUGUACACCAGUGAAAAGCGUAGGAAGGUAAGUUAGUUAGAAGUAUUUGUGAUUAAUUUGCAAAAACUAAGGAAUUGUUUAGUUUCAGUUAAACUAUUUUAAUUUGGUAGUGUAAUUUGGAUACUAAAUUAUGUUUACAAAAUAACAAGUUGAAUAUAACUUUGUAGUCAGUUCAUUAACACAAUAUUUUGAAUAAAGUAGUUGUAAAAUUACAAACAGGAAAUGUAGAAUGAGAUAGUCUCUAAAUCAACUUUGAUACUGAUAAUUGUGAUAUGAAGCUAUAUUAUUUAAGGGACCAAUUAUAAAGUAAAUAAUUUAAUAUCUCAAAGUAUUCAAUUGAAAUAACCUUUUCUUGAACAAGUCAAAGUAAUGAUACUUAAAUGAGAAUCCAUUCACAUUUUAUGACAUUUCUCAAAGAAAUUUAACAAAACAAUUAGUAACUUAAAUAAAGGGGGGGAGCCAGAACAUCAUUGGUAUUUUUCUUGGUAUACUUAGAAAAACUUACCUCUUUACCCUGCAGUGUUUGGAUUGUGUAACUGAACCAAAGCGUAUAAAUGAUAUUUCUCAUAUUUAAUUGUACAACAAAUGGGAAUAUUUUAAAGAUAAUUACCAUAUUCAUUACAUAAGAAAUUCCUCUAAUCAAAUUUUGUAAAUGUUUUGUAAACUAUGUAUGUAAACACAUUAACCGACAAAGUGCCAAAAAGAGUUUAUUUCGUGUAUAUUCAAAGAUGCAAUGUUACUGAGAAUAAUCUAGUCUAGCGUUCUAGUUAGACUCUAUCUGUACAUAUAUGUUAAGUUGUAAGAUAAUUACUAAAAGACCAAUACAUUUAGCAGUAGUAAUAUUGCCGGAUAGUACAUGUAGUGAUUUAAGGGAUAUUUACCAACUAAGAAUAAUUUACAUCACCAGUUUGUUACAUCACUAUAUAUAUAUAUUUAUGAAUUAUUUAGUCACAUCAAGCAAACAUUGUUGAGUUACCAAUAUAUAUCUGUCUUUAUUAUAAUUAACUGUUUGAAUGUCUAAAAUAAUCUGAAAAUUAAAAAAGUUAUCAGAUUUUGAUAGUAUUACGUUUACCUCAUGAAGUGUAUAUUGUAAAGUAAUCUAUGAAAGAUAAUCCACGGUUCUGAUUAACUUGUAAAAGAUAAAUAAACGUUAUUACAU